UGCGGGAAAGGGAAGCUCGAUGCGAGAGCUGUUUUCCAGGCUGAAGAAGAAGACAUCGAAGAAGCGAGGGCAUGGCGCGGUGUUGAUCGCUCGCACCAGGUACAGUACUUCGUUCUUUUCACUGCGCUCCCGCUCUGUUUGCACCCCACAUGUGGCCUUGAGUCGUAGAUUUUUCCAUCUUCUUUCGAGAUGCCGGGCAUAGGCGAGGUGCUGGCUCUGCCAGCGCCUGAGGAGGGCGGUCUUGGAGUGCUGCCGGAGUCGCAGCUUCCGGCCGAUGUCGAGAUGAAGGAAGCGCCGGUGGCGCACAAGCCUCCCCAAACGGUGGCGACGCAGACGAAAACCAUUGGUAUGAUCCACCCGCCACCUGAUAUUCGUAGCAUUGUGGAUAAAACGGCGCAGUUCGUUGCGAAGAACGGCCCUGAGUUUGAGAAAAGAAUUCUCGCGAACGAGAAGAACAACGUGAAGUUCAAUUUCUUGAAUUCGGUCGAUCCGUACCAUGCCUAUUACCAGCAUCGAGUAAGCGAGUUCAAGGCACAGCUUGCUCCGCCUGUCGGUGGGGCGGCGGUCUCUGCGCCGGUGAAAACAAAAGAUGAAGUUCGGGCGGCGCAGGAGCAGGCGGAAGCCAAAGCAGAAGUAGUUGCUGCCAAACCCCCUAUCAAAGUACUCGAGCCUCCCGAACCUGAUGUAUAUACAGUGCACGUGCCUGAACUUGCUACAACCCUAGAUGUAGACAUUAUCAAGCUAACAGCGCAGUACGUCGCACGGAAUGGGAAGAGUUUUCUCACGGGGUUGACCAGCAGGGAGCACUCGAAUCCACAAUUUUAUUUUUUGAAACCGACUCACAGUAUGUUUACUUACUUCACGGCGCUGGCCGAUGCCUAUUCCAAGGUCUUAGUGCCGCCCAAGGGUCUGGUGGAGAAGUUGAAUAAGGACGUGGGGAACAAAACAGGUAUUUUGGAGCGGUGUUUGCAUAGAUUGGAAUGGGAGAGGUCUCAAGCAGCAGCUCGGCAAAAAGCGGAGGAUGAAAUCGAGCAAGAGAGGAUGCAAAUGGCGCUGAUCGAUUGGCAUGACUUUGUGGUAGUGGAGACGAUUGAAUUCGCCGAAGAAGAAGACGAUGAAUUGCCGCAACCUAUGACGCUGGAGGAGGUAAUUGCCAGGAGCAAGAUCACCCCUGCAGACGAAGAAGAGGUGGAGGCCACUGAAGCUGGAAAGGAGAUGGAGAUGGAUAUGGACGAAGAAGAGCUGCAAUUAGUUGAGGAGGGUAUGAAGACGACGACGAUUUCAGAGGGUAAGGAUAUAAGUGAGGAUCAAGCAGACGAGGAAGAGGAGGCCCCCAUGAGGAUCGUGACGAACUGGAAACGUCCAGAAGAGCGACUGGUUGCUGAGAAGGAUGCAAUGAAGAUGGUGGUAUCCCCGAUCACGGGCGAGCUGAUACCGGUGAACGAGAUGGCGGAGCACAUGCGCAUCUCGCUCAUUGAUCCCAAGUACAAGGAGCAGAAGGAACGCAUGAUGGCGAAGUUGCGAGAGACUACGCUUGCCACAGACGACGAGAUCUCACGAAAUAUCGUGGGGCUGGCGCGGACUCGACCUGACAUCUUUGGGACAACAGAGGAGGAGGUUUCGAAUGCCGUGAUGGCGGAAAUCGAGGUGAAGAAAGACGAGCCAAAGCAAGUGAUAUGGGAUGGACACACAGGCAGCAUCGGUCGCACAGCCACUCAAGCCAUGGCCCAGACAAACAUGACGAUUGAUGAGCAAAUAGCUGCAAUACAUAGAGACAAAGCCAAUUUGACUGCAGAUGGAAGACCUCUUCCUGGACCAGCUGCACCUCUGGUGCCGAGGUUGGCUCCUACUCCUGCACGACCACCUAUGCCUCCUCCAGGUCUCGCAUUGAACAUCCCCCGUCCAGCAGGGCAGACUACAACCGGACCUCAGUUACCCCCUGUUCGACCACCAGUGGUUCUCCCUGCACCUCCAAUGAGGCCUGCACCUGCUCCUCCAACUCUUCCUACCCCAGCUGUGAUGCUUGUUCGACCUCCUCCUGCUCCUCCUACCAUGAUACCGCCGAUGGGAGCUGCACCUAAUCAGUAUGCACCACUUCCGCCUCCACCACCGAGACCUUAUCUUCCGGCUGUGCCAUUACCGCCUCCACCUCCUCAGAUGGGCAUGCCGCCUCCUCCUCCUCCCGACGAAUUUCCACCACCACCUCCAGAGGAGCCCGAACCAAAGAGGCAGAAACUGGACGAAAUCUCACUUCUGCCAGAGGACCAGUUUCUUGCUCAACAUCCGGGUGCGGUACGAAUCAGUGUUUCAGUUCCAAUCGUCGAAGGCGAGGCUAAUUUGAAGGGCCAGACUUUAGAGCUUACGGUGUUAUCUUUGUCCGAGUCAAUCAAAAGUCUCAAAGAAAGAAUCGCAGGGGAGGUUCAAUUGGCUGCCAAUAAGCAGAAACUGAGCAGUCAAGCUGGGUUCUUAAAAGACAAUCUGUCCCUAGCGUACUACAAUAUUGGUCCUGGAGAUACUCUAACACUUGGUCUCAAGGAGCGAGGUGGUAGAAGAUAAGCGAGAUGUAUAUUAGCCAUGCAGGUCAGCUGCCUAGGAAAUACUCAGACUGCUUUCCUGCUUUUGUAGUUAUCCUCUAGUUGAUCAUAUGUGAUAAUCCUACAGCUCUCAAGACGUUUUGUAGAAGUGAUUGGUAGUACACAUUUCUUUCUGGAGUCCUUCAAACUA